AUGCUGAAGCUGAGUCCAAUCACAUACUAUCUCGGGUGCGGAAUCUGCUUCAUAGCAGGCUCGGCGAUCAUAUACAACGGAUGGGACUACUACACGCCGCGACAGCAGAACAAAAUAGUGUGCGUGGCGAACCCGAACGUGCAGCUGCUGGCGUUUCUGUGGAUCAUACAGGGAGUUCUGCUGCUGGCAUGCUGCGUCAGCCUCGGGAUCUUCACAAAGCACGACGCGAAGAGCGCGAAGAAGACGUUCCUGGUCACAUACUCGGCGCUCUUCCUGAAGGUGUGCCCGAAGGUGGUAAAGGUGCUGCACCUGUUCAACUUCUGCCAGCUACUCGGCAUCGUGUUCGACCUGAUGAUACUGCCGGAGUGCAACUCCGCGAAACUGCGAUACCUGUUCGGUAAUGUGGACCCCUGUUGA